AACAUUUAUUUUAUUUUUAAUUAUCCAGUAGUGAGAGGGAGAACCCAAAGACCGCUAUCUUCUUUCCUUUUGCUCUUCCCUCUUUAGCUGUUUAGCUUAGCUUCAUCACAAUUACGAAAAACGCUUUCUUUUGUUGUAAAGUUCUUCUUGAUUCUUCUUUUUCGUUGUUUUUUAGCUCUUCAGCUCAGGAUAUGAGUUUCUGAAUUUUGUUUUUUUAAAAGCCAAUUUAGUAGUCAAGAUAUUGAAUUUUUUAAGAGAAUGCCUAUGUUUUUCGUUUGAUAAGAAGAGGUUUGAUUGUUUCAUGAUUACAGCGAUUUGGAGCAGUGGUUUCUUGUCUUUGGUUUGAAAAGGCUAAAAAAUGUUGCUUUCUUGAUGACCACUUCAAUUGUGUUAUGCAACAACCUAAGCUUUAACACUAACCAUUACCAAACCCCACUUAGGAACAGGAAUUUAUUUGCCAAAUCAUCCAGUUUCUCACUCCAAUUGAGUAAUAGGCGGAGAUUUUGUGGGGUUUUUCCAAAAGCAAAGAAGAAUGGGAAAAAUCAUUCUAAAAAAAAGAGAAGUUGGUGGCGGAGGUUCUUUUUUGAUGAAGAUGGAAACUGGUUUGGAUUAAAGGAUGAAGAUUUGCUUGAUGCUGAGGCUGAUUUUUCUGAGAAUUCAAUUGAUGAGGAGUUGUCCGAGGAAGAGAAGUUUGAGGCUUGGAAGAGGAGAGCUGAGGCAAUUGUGGAGCUGAGAGAAGCACAAGAAGAUAUGUUGAAUGAGGAUAGUAGGAGGUGGGAGGAUUGGAUUGUGGAUUACGGUGAUAAUGGUCGUGAUGAUGCUAGUAAUGGUUCUUGGUGGAGUCAAGAGUUUGAUGGAAAUGGUGGAAUUGGAAAUGGGGACUCAGUAGAGGAUGCGCGGUCGGAUCCUACUGACCUUGUACCUGAAAAAGGAUUUGUUGAGUCUGUUAGAGAUUUGGUUCUUGGCAGGGAAGAGGAGGAUUUGCUUUAUGAAGACCGUGUGUUCCGGUAUGCCUCAUUGAAUUCGGCUAAGUUUUUGGCAGUAUUGAUAAUCAUACCCUGGGCCUUGGACUUUGCAGUUCAUGAUUAUGUUCUCAUGCCCUUCUUAGACAGAUAUGUCAAGACUGUACCACUUGCAGCGCAGAUGCUUGAUGUGAGAAAAAGUCAAAAACUUGAGAUGAUCAAGGAACUAAAAGUCGAGAAAGCAAGAUUGCUGCUUGAGGUAGAGAUUGGUAAAUCUCCACCUCUUUCUGAUGAGGAGGAAUGGUGGGAACUACGGCAUAAAGCGUUAGAGCUGCGGGAUGAUUGGAGGUUAGAAAACCGUAGAUCAUUUGCCAACAUAUGGUCAGACAUGGUAUUUGGGAUCUCAAUCUUCAUUCUUUUGUACUUCAAUCAGAGUAAAGUAGCUUUGCUGAAAUUUACAGGUUAUAAAAUACUGAACAAUGUUACAGAUAUUGGGAAGGCAUUUCUAAUCAUACUUAUCACAGAUAUUUUUUUGGGGUAUCACUCCGAAUCUGGUUGGCAGACCUUGCUGGAUGUAAUUGUUGAGCACUAUGGACUUGAAGUUGACCAAUCUGCUAUCACCAUUUUCAUCUGCCUCGUUCCUGUUGUCAUUGAUGCAUGUGUGAAGCUUUGGUUGUUCAAGUACCUACCAAGAUUAUCCCCGAGGGUGGCAAACAUAUUCCGUGAAAUGAAGCGCCACUAGGCAAAAAUUUUUGGUUUGGUCCAAGAAUCCUUACAUUUUUUUCCCUACCUCCACACAUUUUCCCCCUCUAUAUAUCUUCCUCGAUAGAGGCCUGUCCAGUUUUGCAAGUGCAUGGACACAAUGAACUCCCAAAGCAGGCCAUUAUUCUGCAUGGAGAGGAGUCUUAUGCUUUGUUCAAAUACCUUCCCUCUGUUUAUUUGAUUUUCAAAUGACUCGGUGACAAUAAGAGGCCAUCAUCUCUUUCCCAGAA